AUGGCGGCUUAUCGACAAGCAGUGACCAACAUUGCAGGCCUCUUUAAAGGAUAUCAAGUGGACCAUAUAGAUCGGUGGCUUAUGCUCUGUCACAACUCGGCUCUCAGUGUAAGCCCCCCCAACGUGUUCCUUGAUGUACUCCAUAAUCCUUCUGUCAAAUUACCGUUAGAGGAAGAUCUCGCUAUACCUGACCUAGAGGCACAAUUGGUGGUGGAUGUUCGUGCUACCCCAGAUUGGAUGGUUCCUUAUUUGGCGUAUCUAACUCGAGACAAGCUCCCUCAGGAUGAACUUAUUGCUAGUCAGAUCGUCCGGUGCUCCAAGUCUAUGACUAUUGUCCAUGGUGAGUUGCACAGAAGAAGCAUCACCGGUGUUUUUCAAUGUUGUGUUUCCCCUGAUGAGGGCCGAGAAAUCCUCAAUGAGAUUCACUCUGGUGACUGUGGUCAUCAUGUCGGCUCAAGAUCCCUGGUUGCGAAGGCUUUUCGACACGGUUUCUAUUGGCUCACGGCUCAUGCAGAUGCUGAAGAUAUUGUGCACAAGUGUGAUGGAUGUUAG